UGGCUAAAUGUUGUAAUUAUGACAUGGGAAUAAGCCAAACAGUAGGCGUGUCUCUUAUGACGUCACUCAGGUGUAAUGAAACUCAAGCUCAAAGGUGUUUCCUGACCAAAACCAGAUCCUUUCUGCAGGACACAAUCUCCAGUUUGAAGCUUCUCUCUCUUUCUUCGAGGGAUUAACCCCACUGCAGUCAUGGCUUCCUCCAGCAGUGUCCUGUGUGAAGAUCAGCUCCAGUGCUCCAUCUGUCUGGAGGUGUUCACUGAUCCAGUCUCUACUCCAUGUGGACACAACUUCUGUAUGAUCUGUCUCAGAGAGUUCUGGGACAGCAGUUCACACUGCCAGUGUCCAAUGUGUAAGACGGAAUUCCCUAAACGUCCUGAUCUACGUGUGAAUACAUUCAUCUCUGCACUUGCUGCUUCAUUUAAGAAGUCAGUUCAGGAGAAAUCCAGCAGCGCUGCAGAAAAACUCAGCCAAUCUCUAGUGCUCUGUGAUAUCUGCUGUGAAAAGAAACUUGCAGCUCUGAAGUCCUGCCUGAUCUGUAUGACCUCUUACUGCAAGACUCACCUGGAACCUCAUGAGAGAGUUUCUUCAUUAAAGAAGCACAAACUGAUGGAGCCUGUGGAGAACCUGGAGGACUACAUCUGCCAGAAACAUGAGAGACCCCUGGAGCUGUUCUGUAGAGAUGACCAGACGUGUGUGUGUCAGUUCUGUACUGAGGGAGACCACAAAACUCACAGCACCGUUCCUAUAGAGGAGGCGGCUGAAGAGAAGAAGACUGAGUUGGGAAAGACACGAGCAGAAGUUCAGCAGAUGAUCCAGGAGCGACUGAAGAAGAUUGAGGAACUCAAACACUCUGUAGAACUCAAUAAAAAAAACACAGAGAAGGAGAAACUAGACGUUGUGGAGAUCUUCAGUGCUCUGAUGCGCUGCAUUGAGAGAAGCCAGGCUGAGCUGCUUAAGGUGAUGGAGGAGAAGCAGAACGCAGCAGAGAGGCAGGCUGAAGAGUUGAUUAAAGAGCUGGAGCAGGAAAUCACUGAGCUAAAGAGGAGAAACACUGAGCUGGAGCAGCUCUCAUACACUGAGGAUCAUCUCCACCUCCUACAGAUUUCCCCGUCACUGUGCAGCCCUCCACACACCCAGGACUGGACUGACGUCACAAUUACCUCUCAUCUGAGUGUGGAGACUCUGAGGAGAAAUCUGUCUCAGCUUCAGCAAACUCUCAGUGAGGAAAUGGAGAAGCUACCAGAGAUUAAACUGAAGAGAAUUCAACAAUAUGCAGUGAAUGUGACUCUGGAUCCUGAUACAGCUCAUCCUCAACUCAUCCUGUCUGAUGAUAUGAAAGAAGUUACAUGUGGAGACAAAAAACAGAAGCUCUCUGAUAAUCCAGAGAGGUUUCGUUAUUGUGCCUGUGUGCUGGGGAAGGAGGAAUUCUCUUCAGGGAGAUUUUACUAUGAGGUGCAGGUCAGAGGAAAGACUAAGUGGGAUUUAGGAGUGGUCCAAGAGUCCAUUAACAGGAAAGGGAAGAUUACAGCCAGUCCUGAGAAUGGAUACUGGUGUGUGUGGCUGAGGAAUAAGACUGAAUAUAAGGCUCUGGACUCACCCUCUGUCGCCCUCUCCUUGAAACAGGCUCCUCAGAAGGUGGGAGUGUUUGUAGAUUGUGAGGAGGGUCUGAUCUCCUUCUAUGAUGUUGAUGCCAAAUCUCAUAUUUACUCUUUCACUGGUCUGUCUUUCACUGAGAAACUUUAUCCAGUCUUCAGCCCCUGCACUAAUGAUGGAGGUAAAAACUCAGCACCACUGAUCAUCUGUCCUGUUAGUCAAAUCUAAUCCUAAUUUUCUAAUCUUAAAAACUAAUCUUAUACUUUCUUAAUAAAGAUUUAAACCCUGUUGAUAUGUCAUUCAUGAUUUUGAUCAUUUAAAUGCAUUUUCACAUUCAAAUAAAAAGAUCUGUAUCAGUAGAAUUGAAUUGUAGAGUUGUAAAAUGUUUUACUGUCGCUGUCAUGUUUUAAUGUUCUUGAUUCAGCUGCAUGAUA